AUGUCUUUACAGGAUUCUUACAACAGGUUUAAAGGAUUAUUACAAAUCGCUGUGACCAGCCGUGUUCCAGCAGCGCCCGUGCUGGGGGCCCAGCCCCGGAAUGACAACGACCGACAGAGCAGAGCCCACCUACUAGCAACGCACGUGGGCCGCCGUGGUUUCCAGCCACAGAGACUGGGUGCCUGUCUGCUGGUAGAAAGUAGCCGGGAUUAUCCCGGCCAAGGCUCCGUGUGGCCUCGGCUCCAGAAUGAUCUAGGGGGGAUCGAAGGGAAGAGGAGCACUCCCCAGAAGGAAAGCCCCCACUGCAAGCCGCUGGCGAGGGAGACCCGGAGCAAGAGGGGGGUCUCCGCAGCCGGGAGGAGGGCCGCGAUCGCGAAGCCGCCCCGCCGCGGGCGCUCCCGGCCCCUCUCCGGGGAGCGGGCCCCCCGGGCCUCCCUCGGACGGCCCUCUGCCCCCGCGGCGCCGCCACCGCUCUCCACCCGCACGCGCCUCGGCGGCUCGUUCGUUCGCCCCGCGGCCGCCUCGGCCACCGUCUGGCCUCACCCGGGCCCGGCUGCGGGCGAGGGAGGCAGGGCUCGCAGUGCGUCGCGGCUCCGGGAGGCGGGCGGGGCGGGCGAGGUCCCCCGGACACCGCCGCGAGCGGAGCCAGGGUCCUGCGCGCGGAGCCCACGCGGGGAGCAGCCGGGGCGCGAAGUCCCCCCCCGCGGCCUAGAGCGUCACCGAGAGCCGCCCGCGCCGCGGCCCCCCGGGCAGCCGAGCGCACAGUCCUCCCGCGGCCUAGAGCGUCACCGGAAGUGCCCGCGCCGCGGCGCUGGGGACGGCGGCGCUUCCGGCGGACGGCGGGGCUGCAGGCAGGUGUACCCGCUGCUGGCGUUCCCACAAGGCACAGCGAGGCGCGCCCCCAGGUCUGGUCUCCAGCACACCAAUGAGACGGCCACCCUGAUGGACACACACACAGCGUCCCUGGCGCCGGCGGCCGGCGGCCAUGCCGCUUCAGUGGCGGAGCGGGGGGCUCCGAGCACAGUGCCAGCGCCGAAGCAGGAGGCUUCCGAAGAAGGGGGGUGCCGCGGGGAGAGCGGUCCGGGGCCGGCCCGGGGGCCUGCGCGGGCGCCGCGGCUUCCGGACGGUCGUGGGGACGAGGAGGCCGGAGGCUCCCCCGGGCCACCAGCCGUCUCCGAGAAAGCCGGAGGGGGGGCCGGCCGGGACAGCAGCGGGGUCGCCGCCACCGACGCAGGCUCCGCGGCGGGGGGGAGAGGCCCCCGGAAAGGGCGGCCUUACCAGUGCGGCGCGUGCGACCGCAGCUUCCAGUGCCACUCGGACGCGGCGAAGCACCGGAGCAUUCACUCCGGGGCGAAGCCGUUCGCCUGCAGCGACUGCGGGAAGGCCUUCAUCCACAGCUCGCACGUGGUCCGCCACCAGCGCACGCACCACGGCGAGCGGCCCUACGUGUGCGAGGAGUGCGGCCGCGCCUUCGGCCAGAGCUUCAACCUGGUGCGCCACCGGCGCACGCACACGGGGGAGAAGCCGUUCGGCUGCGCCGAGUGCGGCAAGGCCUUCGGCCAGAGGUCGGACGCCGCCAAGCACCGGAGGACGCACACGGGCGAGCGGCCGUACGCCUGCGGCGAGUGCGGGAAGGCCUUCGUCCACAGCUCCAACGUGGCCCGCCACCGGCGCACGCACCGCGGGGACAGCCCCUACGUGUGCAGGGAGUGCGGCCAGGCCUUCGGCCAGAGCUCCAACCUGCUGCAGCACCGGCGCGUGCACACGGGCGAGAGGCCCUUCCGCUGCCCCGAGUGCGGCCGCGCCUUCAGCCGCAGCUCCUUCCUCAGCGAGCACCGACGCAUCCACACCGGCGAGAAGCCGUACGCCUGCGGCGAGUGCGGCCGCGCCUUUAGGGCCCUGUCCGGCUUCUUCCGGCACCGGCGGGUGCACAGCGGCGAGAAGCCCUUCCGCUGCGGCGAGUGCGGCCGCGCCUUCCGCCUGAGCUCGCACCUGAUCCAGCACCGGCGCGUGCACGGCGCCGAGUGAGCCCCGCCCCGCCGCGGCCCGGGGAGGGGGGAGGGGGGAGGGCGCAGCGCCGGGAGGCCGCGGGCCGGGGAGGCGGGGGCGGCCUCCGGGGUUUCCGUGCUGUGCCCGCGGCCACCCUGGCCCGCGCUCUGAAGAGGAAGGGAGCCUUAGGGGAGGCUGGUCUUCCCGGAGGGGACGCAGGCCUCCCCGAAGACGGGGCUCUGAUGGGGACGGGGUGGGGGGGGUCCACCGGAACUAAUCCCGCGUCCACACGCCUCUUGCGGAGGUGUGAUUCGCGUACGGUGAAACGCACGGAUCUCGCGUGCGGGUUUUCGGAGACUGGACAAACCAUCUGAUCUGACCUUUAGAACCAUCAUUCUGUCCAGAUUCUAGACUAUUUCCGUCGCCCCCUUCAGCCGUCAGCGUCAGAGGCGAGCAGCGACCUCGUUUCUGUCACUAUAGUUCUGCUCGGUCUAGAACUUGAUGUAAAUAGAAUGAUUUAAUAUCUA